AUGGAAAAGUACCCUCGGGCAUCAAAACUUCUGGUAUCAGAAUUUAAACUCAGUAGAGAAGCAGGCAGCAAAGUUUCUGAACUUUGGCUUACGAAAACAAUGAAAUCUAAAAUCCAAAUGUGCUACGGCGAGGCAGCAGAAACGUUUAAAGGCAGUCACAACUGGUUUUGGCGAUUCAAGAAAAGACAUGGCAUUGUGCUCAGACGUCGCACAAACAAAAAGAAAGAUUAUGCAGAUGAUGGUAGGAUUACUAUACAGAGGUUUCACAGGAAUUUAAGGAAAUCGUUAAAAACACAUAGGAGAAGAAACAGGUCUUCUAUUGAUCCAAAAUAUGGACGAUGGCUACCCAACAUUGUAACAUUGAUCAGGUGCCCCUUCCAUUUGUAACUGGGCAAGAAACAACUAAUGACACAUUAGGUAGCAAGCAGGUAUGGGUGUCACAGCCAUCAUAUGGCUUAGAUAAAAGCAAGCUACCCCACAACUUUGUAUACGUGCCAAAUUAAAGGUGAACAAAAUGUCAAGCCAGCUGUCGUAUUCAGGAGAAAGUGGAAUUUAAAUUAAGUAUCUUUGAGAAAAUAUAGUAUGACAAGGGAGUUGAUGUGUUUUACCAGCUAUCUGCCUGGAUUGAUACAGAGGUAAAUAUGCAGUGGGCUAAACAAACACUUGUUCCUGGGAUUGGAUAUGACAAAGAUGGCAAGCUUGUAUUUGUUGAUAAUGUUGGUUUUCAGCAAAGAAAGACAUUUCAUGACCAAGCAUGCAGAAAUGAAAUCAAUGCAUCAGUGUACAUGCUUCCUGAAAAUCAAACGGAUAAGAUCCAGCCAGUCGAUGUAGAAUGUGGAAAAAUGAUGAAAGUAAAAAUAGAAGCAGAAAUGGAAAGAUGGUUGCAGGAGGGACAAAAUCUGAAAAAUGACAUGACAAACUCUCAGACAGAGACAGAAGGAUCCUUAUGA